CCUCCUCCGGCUGAAAGUCAGCAGCAUCAUUGCCACUCCUCCCAAUAGGAAGGGCGCAUCCCGGUAGCUAGCUGGCUAGCUGUACUCAGAAUAACGAUGGCAGUUAACCUCAGCAAAAAUGGCCCUGCAUUAACAGCUGCAUAUAAAGAAGUGGUAGAUGAAAAAUCCAAUACCAACUGGGCCUUGUUCACCUAUGAGGGAAACAGCGAUGACAUCCGACUGGCAGAAAAAGGGGAUGGAGGACUGGAAGAGCUGGUUGAAGAACUCAACAGUGGAAAAGUGAUGUAUGCUUUCUGCCGGGUCCAGGAUCCAAAUUCCGGCCUGCCCAAAUAUGUCCUCAUCAACUGGACUGGAGAGGGAGUUAAGGAUGCCAGGAAGGGAAUAUGUGCAAAUCAUGUCAGUGCCAUGUCCAAUUUUCUGAAGGGGGCCCAUGUCACAAUAAAUGCUAGAGCAGAGGAGGAUGUGGAGCCCGAGUCGAUUAUGCAAAAGGUGGCUAAAGCCUCAGGAGCCAACUACAGCUUCCACAAAGAAGCUUCCAGCCGCUUCCAGGACAGCGGUCCGCAGGGUCCCGUGGGCUCAGUCUACCAGAAAACCAACGCCAUGUCAGAAAUCAGAAAGACCAACAAAGACAACUUCUGGGCCCAGGCAGAGAAAGAAGAGGAGAAGCGUCGACUGGAGGAGCGGCGCAAGGCAGAGGAGGAGCGCAAGCACCUGGAAAGGGAGAGGAAAGACAGAGAGGCCAAGGAGGCAGCGAUGAGGGAAAAAAGGGACAAGGAGAGGUCCUCUCAAAUUGACCAACAAAAGAAGUACCAGCAGCAGCAGGAAGCUGAGAGUAGAGAGCAGGAAAAACCCCGUUGGGAGGAGCAGGAGGAGAACCAGGCAGCCCAGACGAGAGCAGUCAAGAGAGGUGAAUCUGUGGAGAAGGCCAAUGAGGCUGCUUCUCUCAUCUCUCAGCGUGCUGUGAACCCCAGAGAAAUGUUCAAGCAGAGAGAGAGAGGAAUAACUCCCAGUGACUCAGAUGUACCUCCUGCUGCUCCUGCAAGCCCUCAGCCAGGGCGUCUUCAAAGCCCCUUUCUGUCUAAGCAAGUGUAUGAAUCUGAGCGAGCCAGCUCACCUCAGCGCCAAGCUUCUCCUGUACCUGCAGGCUCUGCCUCUCCUGUCCAUGCCACAGAGCCUGAUGGUGGUGAUGAUGAUGAUGAUGAUGAUGAUGAUGGGCCGUCCCGGUGUGAGUAUGAUGAGCAGGACGCAGCCCCUCAGGAGCAGCAAGAAGAAGCACCGACUGCUAACUCGUGCGUCACAGAGCCAGUUUAUGAAGACCCUCCUCAAGCAGAGGAGACUAACACCUAUGAAGUGACUGCUGAGGAGACAUCAGACAGAGGCAUCUGUGCGAGAGCUUUAUACGACUACCAAGCUGCUGAUGACACAGAGAUCUCUUUCGACCCCGACGACAUCAUUACCGGGAUUGAGAUGAUAGACGAGGGCUGGUGGCGAGGCUACGGCCCAGAUGGCCAUUUUGGAAUGUUCCCGGCCAAUUACGUGGAGGUCAUGUAAGCCCGGCGCGCCGCUUUCCCCACCGAUCAUCGAUCGGAGCGGCAGGCCCGUAGGACCUCUGCAGUAAACACGACACACAGCAACGUCAGUCCUCAAACACUAGAUAUCAGGCCGAAGUGAAGCAAAUGAGCCUCCACUUCCUGGAUAAAAAUAACAUGAAUGUCAUCGCGGGCCUGAAGCUUUUGAUUUCAAGAAAGUAUUUCCAUUAAAUCGUUGAUGUUAUAAGCAAGUGAUGGCAUAGUGUAGGGAUUUGUGAAGACCUACAGGCCAACCAAACACCUCCCUUUGUCAUUCCAAAAUUAAGUCCUGUAAAUGUGAUGCAGUGUCAGCCUCUUUAAUUUUGUUGUGAGCAUUUCUAUUUCACGUUUCUUCCAAAGUGGCUUCAGUUUGAUUUCAGGUAUAAUUUCGUCGUUACUUUGUAGCAAUUGCUCCUCUCCAUUUCAGGAAAGAAAAAAAAUCAAAGGUGGUGGUACCAGCUACAGAAUAAACUUUUGCCUUGAUUUUUGCCUUUCUGUACCGGCAGACUGAAUAAUUUUUUAUUAUUAUUAUUGUUAUGUGACUGAAUUUGCAUCCUGUGUGAAUUUGAAACCUUUACUGAUACGACUGUGGUUAAUUACAUAUUUAAAAAAAACAAAACUUGUUUGCUGUGCUCUGAGUGGUAGGCUCUGUAGUAGGAAAUGCAUAAAGUGGUUCCUUUUUAACUGUGAGCAAACGUUUUUGCUUUCAUUUCAUUUCAAUUCCUUCCUCAUAUGGGCCGCAUCAUUUCACCAUUUGAACAUAUUGAACUUUUCAGGGAGAAGUUGAAAAGAAGAAGGCGUAAUCAGCAUUAUUUCUGUUCUGUUAUAUUUGGAUCUCGCUGGACUGAGGUUGACUGAGUGUAUAAUAGAUGUCUGACAAUAAGUGACGAUAUUAUGGUGCCAUUAUGACGGGGCGUUAAUGCAGUGAUAACAUUUUAUUGACACGUUUAAGCAGCUUGUCGGCACAUUUUAUGCAAGACCACUAUUUUUUAUCAUGGAACAAAAUGUUUUGCUCUUUUGAACUUUGAGGUCAGUUAACAAAAGGAAAGAAAUGAGUUGAUCGCAAAUAGCAAAGGGCAUUGUUUAUCCAUUCCAAUGUUUCAUGUUUGAGGUUUCUUUUUCCAGAGUCUAUUGUAAUGCACAAACGUCCUUCAUAAUAAAAAUAAAUAGGCAA